GAUCAUAAAGUGAAGCUACAAUUUUCAAGCAAGGACGACAGGACUCCAUAUUGCACUUAAAUUUAUACCAAAGGCGAAGAUCGAUCAUAAAGUGAAGCUACAAUUUUCAAGCAACGACGACAGGACUCCAUAUUGCACUUAAAUUUAUACCAAAGGAAAAGCAACACGUUAGCUCAAAGAAAAAGAAAAAUGCCAAUUCCGCUUUUUACUGAAGGCGAAUAUAAAAAAAGCUUGAAACAUGUCCAGCCAUCUUUCGAAAACGAUGAUAAACCACAAAGGUGCCCAAAAAGUAAUGUUAUUCCUCAAAACCAUACGCAUUCCAGAUUUCCUCCAACCAAGGAAUCGCAUCCUAUUACCAUACCAACUCACAACCAGAUUGCUCUGCACGAGAAGAAAUUUUAUUUCCCCCACUUUAAUGUUAAAUGCCACGCCUUUAAUUGGCACAAGGAAGCGGAAACAGCAUCCUUCCUCGCUGAGAAUAUAAAAAACCAUUGCUUUGAGGAACCACAUCACGACCAUAAACAUUACCAUAAACACGAAUACCACCAUCAGGCAGGCGGUGAAAAAGACAACGAGGUUGGCUGCAAGGACAUUUUUUGCCAAGGACCUGAAGAAGAUCUCGAAUUCGUGCUAGAUGACGCCGAAGAGCUCAAUUUCGUUGUUAAGGGCAACGACGGCGUGAUUAUCCACGAGACAGCGCUGCAGACGACGAAGGUUAGAUUGCAGAAUAUUUGUUGUCACAAGGAAGCGCGUAUCGUCCAGGAGGAGCUCGGCAAACUUCCAGGAAUCAAUACCAUACGAGUUAAUGUCCUAGGUCGUGUAGCAUAUAUCUCUCACGAUCCAGACAAAGUCAGACCCAUCGAUCUGGUGGAGUCAUUGAACAAACGUCACCUUGGGACAUCCAUUGUGGAAGCAGGGGAAGAAAAAGAGAUUAAACAAGGCUUCCCAAAAGAGUUGAAGAUCCUCCUUGUAAUUCUAGCAGUACAAGCCGUUCUGCUUAGUAUUGCACUUGGAGCUAUGUUUUCUCACAAGGCCUGGUAUAUGUGGGUAGCAAUCGCUCAGAUCUGUUUCGGGAUGUUGCCGGUGUUGAAAAAAUGCUAUCACGCAGUCAGUCGGAUGCAGAUCGAUUUGAAUGUCCUCAUUACUGUGGCGGUAAUUGGUAUCUUGGGUAUUCGGCAGUGGAUCGAAGGUGCGGCUGUGGUGUUCAUCUUUAUUCUGGCGAACCUUUUGCAGCAGUAUUGCUUCUAUCGUGUCCACAAUACUAUCUCAAGUCUCAUGCUCGCUCAGCCAUCCAAAGCAGUUAUGGCGUGUACAGGAGAGCUAGUUGAUGUUGAAGAUGUUUCAAUUGGUUCAAUAAUAGCGAUCCGACAAGGUGAACUCAUUCCUCUGGACGGGGUAGUGGUGAAAGGUAGCGCGUCUGUGGACGAGAGGAAACUUGAUCUCCGGCGAGGCUGCACCGGUGGAAAAAACUUUGAAGUCCCAAGCGUACAGCGGCACAGUUAUCCAACAUGGCUACCUCGAGUUAGAGACAACCUCCUCGACUUCAUCAUCGACGAUUUCAAAAAUAGCUGCGUUGAUUGAAGAAGCGCAACUAAAUGUCUCACCGACCGAACAAAUGAUGAAUCAAUUCGCCAGCUAUUAUACUCCACUGGUUGUGCUUCUUGCUGCCAUAGUCUUUCUCGUACCCUUUAUAUUACAUCUUUCCGGCGCAUACGCCGGAAGCAUUGAAACGUGGGGGGAACGAGCGCUCAUAGUGUUGGUCACAGCUUGUCCAUGCGCCCUUCUAAUGGCAACUCCAGUUCUUGUUAUCUGUGGAAUAAGUGGAGGCGCUCGACUUGGCACACUGAUUAAAGGAGGCACGUUUUUAGAAGCUCUUUCUCAAAUCAAAUUUCUUGCAUUUGAUAAAACGGGAACUCUUACCGAAGGAAAAUUCAAGGUUGUUGACGUUGUGGCUGUAAAUAAAGACGAAGAGCAUGAGGUGAUGCGGUGGGCGGCUGCGCUGGAGAGCAGGUCGAGUCAUCCAUUAGCGGCAGCCGUCGUAACAAAGUUCACAGGAGAGUGCAUCGCCGACUUCGUGAAUGAUGUUGAAGCGAUUCAACUGCCUAAUGUCAGCAAUUUUGGCACGAUGGAAGGCCAAGGUAUAUCUGGAAUUGUCGAAGGUCACAUGAUACACAUUGGCAACCAGGCAAUGCUGAAUAAGCUGAAGGUGAAGCUAACUCCAGAGUUCGAAAACGAGUACGACCGGCUGUCCUGCGAGAGCAAAACCGUUGUGUUCGUCUGCGUUGACGAUGAACUCGCGCUCAUGAUGUCAUUGGCCGAUAUCAUACGCGAAGAGUCCCAUACCACUAUCAGAUGGCUUCAAGAUCUGGGUGUGCAUCUGGUUAUGUUGACCGGUGACUCAAAGGAGACGGCAACAGCAGUACAGAAGCAACUCAAAUUAGACUCGUGCAUCUCCGAGAUGAAACCAGAUGAAAAGCUUAAAUGGAUCACGAAUAUUAAGGAGGAAUUCGAACACACUGACAGCAAGCGUUGCCGUUGUGGAGGGCAAAAGAUUCCGGUGGUCGGGAUGGUCGGUGAUGGCGUUAACGAUGGGCCAGCCUUGGCAACAGCCGACGUGGGCAUUGCUAUGGCGGCAGGUGGGUCCGCAUUGGCCGUGGAAGCCGCAGGGGUUGCCAUCAUGACCAACAGCGUGUUGAAAGUGCCUGAAAUGAUUUGUUUGAGUCGAUUUUGCCGCCGUCUUAUUAUCGAGAACAUCGUGCUGGCAAUCUUUCUCAAACUUGUUUUCGUUCUGGUAGCGGUAAUGGGUUACGUGCAGCUUUGGAUGGCGGUGGUUGCUGAUCUGGCUGGUCUUCUUCUGGUUAUCCUCAACGGACUGAGACCCUUGUCAUGGAAACCUCCGAGAUCAGAUGCAGCGGCGCAGCGGCAGGAGCGUAAUAAACCGGCCAACGAAUAUAAGGGGACUCCGUGAAAAGGACAAACAGAGCUUGUCAGAUCAAGAAUACGUUGUAGAUGCUCGAAUCUGAUUGAAAACUUUCUAGUUAGCUAUUUUUAAUGAGUAAUUAUAUAUCCUAUAAAAGUAUAGCCAAAAUUGAAUGACUUCAAUCCUGAUUUUCUAUUAAUUCCAAAGACACCUGCAUGGGGCCAGUUGUUCUGAAAGCAACUUAGGUUAUAUAACCCUGGGUUAAAGCAAAUCUUUACAACAAUUUUCUUAGUUAAAUGUCAUAAAUAUUUACUGGACUGAAAAAAAGCCAUAUUUUGUAAGGAACAGCGGCUCAGAAGCACUUAAACCAAAACAGUGGAUUGAAAUUUAAAACCGUCGGUUUGUCUUAAACUGUUCAUUUACUAUAUAUUACAAUAGUAUAUAAUAUUAUACCAUAUAUAUUACAAAGUAUAA